AUGCAAGGUGGCAACCAGGUCAGUGAUACAGUCAUCGCGUCCGGCGGAUUCGCCAUCCUCGGGAACAACCUCUCUGCUGCUGGAAACAUCACUAUCAAUGCAGGCCCAUCAAGCGAAAAGAAAUGCCUACAAGCAUUAUUUGCCACGGACCCCGCGGACGACCGGGCAAAACAUAUCAGUUUCAAAGGCAACCCUGUGCGAUCAAUCUUCACAUGGAUAACAAAUGUAAAGGCCUACAAGUCCUGGGUAGAUCGCGGAACGGGGUCACGUCUGCUUUGGAUUUCCGGGGGUCCGGGCAUGGGGAAGACCAUGCUGGCUAUCUUUUUAUCAGAAGAGCUGAAGCAAAUCGCCGACGACAACGGCCUAGUUCUGUAUUAUUUCUGUGAAGGGAGAGAUCCGAAACGCAAUUGCACAAUCAACAUUCUACGAGGCUUGAUAUACACCCUGGUUCAGCAACGGCCGCGAUUGAUGAAACAUCUCCUGCCUGACUACGAAGUCCGGUCUGAUGCUCUUUUUGAAUCCGACGCUAUCGAACCUCUGUGGCGCAUAUUGGUCAAUAUGGUCAGGGAUCCAUCAACCGGUCCAGUUUAUUGUAUUAUCGAUGGAAUUGACGAAUGUGCUUCAACGUCUUUGACGCACCUUGAGCACAUAUUAAAGAAGCUUGCAGGCUUCUAUCACUUGCAGAUCACGCAGCAAGCUGGCGGAGACAACCACGAGGCUUGCAAGGCGGAAGCGACCUCACCGGAACAUUUUUCAUCUCAACACGAUGAGACCGCACCGCCGGUGUUCAAAGUGGCACUGAUAAGCCGCGAGGAGCCUGAGUGUCUUCCACGAGAACUAUCGGAAUUUGAAAGAGUCCAGCUCACAAAGCCUGAGCAAACUCCAACCCAAUCAACCGAACCGCCCAUCGAUGGUAAGAUCGAAGACUUCAACCUGGCAGUUCCUGUUUCGGUAUCACAAAGAGCAGGCUCGCUGCCUUCAUCACCACCACAUGCAGAACCGACAGAGAGCUCUGGAUACGCUUGCUCUCUUGACCUUUAUAUCAGCACAAAGGUCGAUGACCUCGUCCGUUCCAAGGGCUUUGAUGAGGAUUAUGGGGAUCUCAUGAAGGAACAGCUGGCAGCCCGAGGUGAUGGGACGUUUCUCUGGGUAGAUACCGCCGUCGAUCAGCUGAGCGAAAACGCGUCGCAAUACUCAGGACCUGAUCUAUCCACUCUUCCCAGUAGGACGGAUGGGCUGUAUUGCCUCGGUCUACUAGAAGCUCCGCAGAGCCUGGCAUCGACAAUAGCAUUCGUCUUAAGAUGGACAACAGUUGCGUUUCGUCCUUUGACGAUCAGCGAGCUCAGUUCGGUAGUCUAUUUUGUCAAUGGACAGCCGAAUGGCCCGGAACUUGAGGAGGUGCGAUGUUCAAUUGGCGCAUGUCGGUCCCUCGUUGAUGUUAGUGAAAACGGCGAAGUGAAGCUGGCACACCAAUCGACAAAAGCCUUCUUGACGGAUCUGGACUCGCCUCUCCUCCAGGAUCCCAGAACUCAACAGUUUCAUGUUAACGAGGACAUGACACACGCAGAGAUUGCGAGCGUCAGUAUUGCCUAUGUGGAACGUUCACCUUUCCACCAAAACUGGUGGCAUCUUCUUCCCCUCGAUGUUGGUACUGCAUCCGAACAGACUGUUGUUCCAAGUCCCGACCUCCUUGCACACUAUCCCUUUAUCCAAUAUGCUUCUCUAUAUUGGCCCAGUCACCUUAACUGGUCUCCUCCAGGAAGAGUCAAUCUCAGAUCUCCUUUAUUCAGUCCUGGCAGCGACAUCCGUCGGCACUGGUUCCAGUCCGUGUGGGAGGUCACACGCUGUAGGGACGGAUCUCUGACACCAUCGUAUAUGUCUCUUCUACACAUUGCCGCGUUCUUCGAUCUCCAGGAGCUCGCUCAAGUAUUGUCGCGCCGCGAGCCCCCCAACCGUUUCAAGUUCCGAAUUGAGAAAAUGAACUCUGAGCUCAUGACACCUUUAUUCACAGCCGCCGAUACAGGUAGUUUACGAGUCUUUACCUUCCUCUUGGAUCAUGGUGCAUCACAGAAAUGGAACGCUUCGGGGGAGGAUAUCCUUCAGUUCAGCAGCAGGAGAGGUCGGCUUGAGCUUGUGAAAAUAUUGAUCUCGCGCGGUGCCAACCCCAAUGAAUUCUUGUCGGAAAAUAUUGGUAUCAAGACUGCCUCUCUCGCGUUACGACAUGCUCCCAAGAGGCUGAAAAACUACCUGAUAAAUGCAGGCAAUCCCGAAGACCAAGAUAUCAACGAACUGAUUCGGGUUGAUUAUGGGGCCAACAUGUCACCGCUACAAUGUGCAGUGUGCUGUGGCCAUGAAGAAGUCGCCCAAGUCCUAUUACGGUGUGGGGCGAACGUUCAUUAUACAACCACGGCCGGGUGGACGGCCAUGCAUUUUGCCGCGUGGGCAGGGCAAACGAAUAUUAUACACCUCCUUCAACAAUAUGCGGGCAGUAUAUCUGUCUUAUCGAACAGUCGUUGGUCUCCCCUACAUUGCGCCGCUUGGAGAGGCAGAACUGGUGCAGGAGAAUACCUGAUCGGCCAGCGCAUUUACCCAGACCUGCAUUCCAGGGAUAUGCAAACUCCGCUCCAUCUUGCUGCAUUUCGAGGGCAUGAUGAAAUGGUCAGGAGCCUACUUACGCGGGGCUCCAACGCGGAAGCGAGGACGAACAAGGGGCUCACCCCACUACAUCUUGCUGCGGCAGAAGGACACGACGCGACUGUACAGGUCCUUCUGGCUUAUGGCGCCAAUCGGCAUGCCACGUCGAAUCGCGGUGAGAAUGCAUUUACCCUUGCUCUUGACAAAGGCCAUGGGACAACAGCGCAGCUGCUUCAGACCUACCGAUCACCAUCGCAUGUCCUGGAAUCUACUCAUGCAGUAGCACGCCUAGCCAGUCCAGGCCCGGCAAUCAGCAGUCCCGGUGAUCGCUCCUCGCAUGUGGCAGGAGCAAUCCCGGAUCAUAGAACCGCUCACAUCAUAGGGAAUCAAACUGGUGUUGGUGUCCCUACUUAUCAUCCGCCAAUCCACAGAAAGCCUCUAAGCAGUUCUUCACCCGCGGCCUUCUACAGGAAGCCGACGUCCUCUACAUCACCUGCAACCCCAGCAAUAUCGGAUAUCUAUGACCAUGUACCGGAUCCAGCUAUUGAAAUUUCUGAAAAGCAACUCGGAUCACAAGAUCGAGCUCCAAGCAGGGACCUGAGCACGGGCCCCAUGGUCCACCCUCUCCAGAAGCUCAGCAAGGACCAGGAUCUUGUCUCUCCCAAUUCAGCAACCGUUGUCUCGCCAUUCCAGGAGCAGCACAUAAUAGAAAGUCGUCCCGGUAGACCCUAUCGGAGGCAAAACACCACAGUUGCACAGUCAGAGCCCCCUGGCACUCAGCACGAAAAUACGCCUCCUCCACUACCUCCACGACCACGCAGGCUAUCGGAAGAAUUACAGCAGAUGCCCAGAUGGUCUUACCAGCAUUCCAUCCCGUCAAUACAGUCUAUAUGCGAGAAUAAUCCACACGAAAAGUGCCUCGAGACUCGCUAUAGGCAACAAGCUGUGCGGUGGGGGCCGCAGUACACUGUCCCACAUUAUGAUGAGCAGCGACAACGCGAGUUGGGAUAUUCCAGUCCAGAGCAACGCCAAUAUGUGAACACCAACUCUGGCACCAGCAGUAGUGCACGGACGCAUACCCAUUCUGGUCAAGGGCCACUCCCCAACUUCAAGAUAUGA